GUGGGAGCGUGGGUGGGAAGGAUCACUAUGCUCCUAAAUCUGUAUAUAUGAAAUACAUGAAAUUUGUAUACCUUACAUAAAAUUAAACUCGUUGCUGGAGGUCAGCCUUACCCUGAUACUCAAGCCAGACAAGAACACAACAAGAAACGAUAGGUGAAAAUCUCUGAUGAACAUAGAUGAAAAAUUUUAACAUACUGCCAAAUCAAAACUGACAGCAAUCAAAAAGAUCCAUCAUGGUCAAGUGGUCAUAGUUCAAGGAUGCCUAUAUGUGGAUGCCAGGGCCACAGGUGGUGGCCCAGCCCACUGAACCCAGCGCCGGCCCCUAUUUAUCGUUCUUUAAAAAAGAUUUAUGUAUUGGAAAGACAGCGUUACAGAGAGCGACGCUUGGAAAGGAUGUCCCCUACAGAUAGUGACCAGGCCAAGACAGGGCUGGCCGGGCCACCACCUGUGCUUGGCGAGCCCAGGUCCCUCUCCCUCCUCGCGGGCUGGGCGGAGCUGCCGCCCAGGUCCGCCCCUGCUGGCCCCGCGUCCACCACACUAGUAGUGCAGCUGGCCGCGACACCAAGAACGGAGCUACAGCGAUGGCGAUGAUGGCAGGCAACGCGGCCUGCUUCCAGAGGGGCAGUCUGUUCUGGUUCGCGGUCCUCACGCUCUCCUUUGGCUACUGCACGUGGGCUGUUCUCUGGCCACACAGCAUCCCUUAUGAGAGCCUUGGGCUCCUGGGCUCGUUCACUCAGUCUCUGGUGGACCAUCAUCACACCCUCCUGCACAACAGGCAGAGUUACAACAGUGGCAGAGACAGAGGAAAAUCUUCCAUCCACUGGCUCAUUCCCCAAAUGGCAGCAAUGACCGGUGCUGGGCCAGGCUGAAGCCAAGAGCCAGGAGCUUCUUCCAGGUCUCCCACAAGGAUGCAGGGGCCCUCCUCUGCUGUUUUCUCAGGCGUAUUAGGAGGGAGCGGGAUCAGAAGUGGAGCAGCUGGGACUCAAACCCAGGGUCCACUCUGGCGCACGGCUCAGGUGGGGUGGCCUUGAGGAUGGGUGGCAGUGGCCAAGUCUUCUCAGGAACCACUUUCCACUGGAGGACCAGGAGCUGAGCUCUGGGGUUGCCCCACAGGUGUCCAUGGCUGAUGCUUUGAUAGGGCUCAGUGUGACUUUGGGACAUUGUAGGAAGGGCAUGCAAAGAGGAAGAUGUGCCCCCCACCCCCACCCAGACUCUCCUGUGGGUCUGGAUCACACAGUCUGUGUUGAGGAAACCAUCAGCAUGUCUGUGGCUGCUGUGAAUCCACUGUGGUGGCAAUUGGACAACCAGGCUCACCAAGCUAAGGGGGACCUCGGUGGAGAUGGCGCACUUAAAAAUACCUUCAAAAUGUCCUCUAGGAGUUGAUUUUGACCACAUCUCACCUGAGUCAAUGAAUAAUGCAUUUCUAAGGUACACUAUGUCCACCUGAAAAUUCUGCAGUACAACCACCCUGCCAGCAGAAUUCACAGAGGAACAUGCAAAGACCUUAAAGGGGAGGCACAGAGCUGAGCAGGGACUGCCCCAACCCCUUAGCAGGCUCCCCAUUGCAGCUGCCCGGACACACCUCACCCUGCUGUUCCUGAUUCUGGCUCCCUGCUGGAAGUAUUGCACUGUGCUGCACUGCACAGUGGGCCCCUUGGAGCCUCCACACACCAGACAGAGUGAAGGUCUGUAGUAGCCAGACGCAAAGUCCCAGUUCCCACCAGAAACAAUUCUUGGGCUUUUCUCUGCACAGUUUCAGAUGCAAGGUGCUAGGGCCAGAGACUCAGUGCCUGCUGCCUCAGGUUGUCACUGGGUGGUGCCUGACAACUCAAGUGACCAGGACAGGACCUGACACACUUGCACACUUCUGGUCACCAUUGCUGCUUUGAAAGAGGUCGCGGGAAAUGACUGGCUGGCUUUCCAGGGUUCUGUGCAUAAGGAGCAACUGUGUAUUGAGAAGGCCCCAAACUACAGGACAAAUAUGGCCACAUGCCCACCCCUCUAGCUUGGAGUGGACACCUCUCAUCAAGUCCUAGAGCAGCUCCCCUGCCCCUCCAUAUAUCAGACAAAAGGGGUCCAUUUGCCUGGGGAGUCAACAAAUGAUCGGUCUCCCACGGCAGUUCAAAGGAGAGCUUUAUUGUGCCAAAGAGACUGGGAAAGUACAGCUCCCUAAAACUACUGCCUCUGUGAGAAGCCAUUUUUGAGGGAUUGUAGAGUGAGGGCGUGGCUGGGAUAGAGGAAAAAGAGAAGCAAGAGGGCCCUACCUGCUCAAGCAACCCACAGCAGCACGCAUCGUGUGUUCAAAACCCAACUCCUGCUGGGCUCUUACAGCUCUCCUUGCUGUGAGGCCCAAUCCCUGGGGGUACAGCAUUGCAAGAUCACUCUUCUUGGAAUAUUCUUGGGAAAACAAGAAAGAGAAUAAAUUGUUAGAUGCUGUGCCCCUGCCCAUGCCCCUGCCUGUUGUCUAAAUCCUACUGUCUGAGUUACAGAAUUUUUUUAAAGCUGUAUUUAUUUGAAAGGCAGAAUGACAGAGAGACAGACAGGCAGACAGAGUCUUCCAUCCACUGGUUCACUCCCCCAAAAGGCCGCAACAGCUGGAGCUAUACCAGGAGGAGGAGCUUCUUUCGGGUCUCACACAUAGGUAUAGGGGCCCAAGGACUUGGACCAUCUUCCACCACACUCCCAGGUGCAUUAGCUGGGAGCUAGAUCAGAAGUGGAACAGCCGAGACUUGAACUGGCAACCAUAUGGGGUAGUAGCUUUACCCGCUACACCACAGCACCAGCCUCUGGAGACAUGUCGCUUUUUUUUCAUAUUUAUUUAUUUAUUUGAAAGUCAGAGUUUCACAGAGAGGAAAGUCAGAGAGAGAGAGAGAGGACUUCCAUCUGGUGGUUCACUCCCCAGUUGGCUGCAACGGCUGGAACUGUGCAGAUCUAAAGCUGGGAGCAAGGAGUUUCUUCUGUGUCUCCCAUAUAGGUGCAGGGGCCCAAAGACAAGGGCCAUCUUCUGAUUUCCCAGGCCGUAGCAGAGAGCUGGAUUGGAAGUGGAGCAGCCGGGUUUUAAACCGGUGCCCAUAUGGGAUGCCGGCACUCAGGCCAGAGUGUUAACCCGUUUCACCACAGCGCCGGCCCGGGGAGAGCUGUUUUUUCACAUUUCCCUCCCUCCCUGGAGGCAGCAACAUACACUGCUCAAAACGAGGGACCGCACCCAUGGUGAAAUUUAAAGGAGUCCAUGCAACCUGGGUCUUUCUCCAAACUUUUCUUCCAAGGGACAAAUAGCUGGCAAUUAAACACCAAGAUUAGAAGAUGUGAGUCUAAAACUUGAAAAUGACACAUUUUACAUACACAAAUACUCUACGAAUGAAAGCCCUGAUGGUACUUCAUAUGAUUUAUAGCAGUAAAUUAAAAUCCCUAGAUGAAAUGAACUUAGUAUUAGAAAUCAUAAUCUCAAAAGUUACUCAAGGAGAAAUGAUAGUUUCUAAUCAACGAUAAUGAGAUCAGGAGGCAAAAUCUCCCUCUAAUGAAUCUAUCAGAGCCGUCAUUGUAAAAUCCAAACGUUUAAUGAAGGGCUAAGUGUAGUGUUGUACAAAAUUAUAGAAAAUAGUAAGAAAGGUAGCAUAACUAACUCCUAUAAUCCUAGUUUAACAUGACACAACCCCCUACAAUAACUACCAGUACAAAAUGUCCUUCAAGAAUAUAAAUGCCAACAUGAUAGAAAAUAUGUUCACAACCCUAACCAGCCACGCACACAAAGGAUGUACACUAUGAGCUAGUUCCUUUCUUUCAAGAACCUUCGACUCCCAGGUACACAAUUGUAGUAUGACAGGCAUCUGCUGACUCAAAAGCCCAACGCCAUUUCCUGCAGCCACAUUUCUAGUCCCAGAAGUUGGCACCGGUGUGUUCCUCUUUCAAAAUGUCCUGGAUUUCAGAACUGGGCAUCUCGGGCACCACCUUGCUGUGUAUCUUGCUCGUGAGGUUCUGUUGGAGAACUGAGUACCCGCAGAGCUGUGCUCAACACCUGCAAGAACGUGAGCUCUCCAUCACCUUGACGAUCUCCAGGCUGCUGCUGGGACAGAGGAAAAGGCACCCUGUUCUCUGCGCUGUUGUGAUUCUGCUGCAUUGGAAACUGGUCCUGGGAGGGCAGCUCCUGCCAGUAAUCCAGAGGCUGCUGGGGCUGCUGAGGGUGCGUUCCCCAGCCAUUCUGCUGCCAUUCUUCACAUAGUGGGUAACGAAGAGAGCUCUUCUGCUCCUGCAGCUGUUGCAUUGCUCCCUGAGCACUGGGAACACUGGGUAGCAGGGAAGGCCAGUCAGGCUGCAUGACCCUCAUCUCUGACCUGGACCUCCCAAAAUACGGUGCGGAUGAAAAAGGAUGAAUAAACCUUGCUCCUGGAACGCCACGGGGAAAAGAUCCACCUCCUACAUUCCCUUGAUUCUCCAGAGCAUAGCUCGGUGCCUCUUGAGCACCUCGAACCCCAGAAUCCCAGGAGCCGUAGAGCGGGCUGGGAACCUCCCAAGUGGGUGGAGUGGAGUAGACAGCUCCGCCCAGCACAGAUGCCUGGGCAGCGUUGGGAGACCAAUCCUGGGCAUUCUGCAGGCUUACACCUGGGGGACCUUGGACAGGGAGUGCAUAUGGCAUCCUGGCUUCAAGCACUUUGCGUCUCUUCUUGGCUGGUAGCCUGGCUCUUUUAUUUUGGAACCAGUUCUAAAAAAGAAACGAAACAGAAAUUACUUUCGAGUCUAUAUAUUCGCCAAUGUAGGAGAAUUUUGUAGUUCAUCUUAGGAUCAGCGUCAUCACUGAUUUGCUUCGUGACCUUGAGGAAGACAUGAAAAAUGCAAGCAUGCUUUCCUGGGGCUUCCUGUGUUAUUAUAUUUAUAAUACGAGAAUGCAUUUACAGUAAAUAUGAUAUGUAAAUGUAUAUAUAAAUAUACAUUUAUGAUAAUUAAAAUCAUGUAAUUUUGCACAA